UAUUCCGGGUGGUUAUGUGUUUCCCACCAGCCACCCAUGGGACACCGUCAUCAAAGCUGCCAUGAGGAAGUACCCGAAUCCAAUGAACCCCUGUGUCGUGGGAGUUGACGUGCUGGAGCGCAGUGUGGACAGCCGGGGCCGGCUUCACAGCCACCGCCUCCUCAGCACCGAGUGGGGGCUACCCGGCUUCGUGAAAGCGAUUUUGGGAACCAGUAGGACUUUGACAUACAUCAAAGAACAUUCUGUUGUGGAUCCAGUAGAAAAGAAAAUGGAACUUUGUUCCACCAACAUCACACUCACAAACCUGGUGUCGGUGAACGAGAGGUUGGUGUACACUCCGCAUCCAGAGGACCCUGAAAUGACUGUGCUCACACAAGAAGCCAUCAUCACUGUGAAGGGGAUCAGCCUCGGCAGCUAUCUGGAGAGUUUGAUGGCCAACACGAUAUCAUCCAAUGCAAAGAAGGGGUGGGCUGCUAUUGAGUGGAUAAUUGAAAAUUCUGAGCGCGCUGUGAGCUAACGGGGUCUGCACCUGCACCUUAUGAUGAACAGUGGUAACUAUAGUGCUCUUUAACCCCAUAGAGAAUUAAGCAUCUUGCUAACCAUGUGCAUGGUGUGCGGCGCUGGGUGUUUCAAGGUGCGGCUGCAUGCGUCUCCAGCCCUGUGCUCCUUAGUAUCUUCUGGAAUGGAAACCGCCAUUAGUUCAUCCUCUUCCUAAUUCAUCUCCUUGUUUCAUGGCAGGAUUUAUUUCCCAGGAAGACCUGGAUAUUGGUUAUCUGGUCUCCAAGAGAGGCAGUUCAGCAUCUCCCAAGCUGUUCUCAGUACCUGCUUGCUUAAACAUUUCCUAGAAUUAGUGUAUCAUCAGAAAAGAGGCUUUCACGAGUAGUUCCAGACCGAUCAGAUGGGAGGGUUUUUUCAUUUUGGGCAGGAUCUGAAUAUUUGCACAUGUUCUUAUAAAGAAUGCCCUGUGCCCUUGCAUCAGUGCUGUGGGUCUGGGGGGAGUCCUGCUCCUCACUUGCUGUAGGCCAGCACCCAGCCAUGUAACUGCCACUGGCUCCUUUCUUUUAGUGGCAAAAGCCAUUUCUAGCAUCUUCUUGAGCUUCACAAACAUUCCUUGGUUUCCUAGGCCACCAGUGGCUGGACUGUUAGAAAGGAAUUUGACACUUAAUUGGUCAACAGUCAUCUUCAUACUUCAUAGGAAAGUCAGAGAGUUUCCUGCUUCCCUCUGUUUAGGGAAUCCUAAUACUCCUGCCUUGAAACCCUCACCCUGUUGACCUUCCAUACUGUGCUGCUCUGGGCCCCGCUUCCCACGGUUGGUCUCUCUGUCUGUCUGCAGCAUGUGUGUACACACUCGGUGCCUCAGUCAGCAAACGGGAGCCAUGUGGCUCAGCCUCCUUUAAGAACUUCCUGCUGAAGCUUAAGUUUGCAGAAGACCUUCACCUUGAACCCAAGGUCACGAUCUGCCGCUGGCUCUCUCUUCUUCCACGGAUGCACCAGUAAGGUGACCUCAUGUAGAGAGCCCGCCUGCCUGGUGAGCAUAGUGUGUGUGGGCAGUGUGGCGUGUGUGAUGUGUCACUCUGAGCUGUGGACUCUGUCACAUUCUCUUUCCUCAUAAACUAGGGCUAAACUGCCUCAGUCUUUAAUCAGAUGCCUCACCCAAAAAAAUUAAAGAAGAAAGAGAGAAAGAACAAAAGAAAAAAAGGAAGGAAGAAGGAAAGGAAGAAAUAAGCGAGCCUUGAAUAUGGUUCGCCCCGUCUGGGAGAGGUGUGGGAUCUGCUGGAAUCUGCCCCUUGCCUGGUCACAGCCUCCACCGGGCUUUUCGGCAAUGACCUCUCAAGACAGGAGGCCCGUCUGUUGCAGAGUGAGACCCAAAGAAGGGAAGACCCCUAGGAGGGCGAGGGCCGCAAAGCUGCCACGGCACCGCUGCCCACAGGCCAGCCACCCCCGGGCCAGUGUUAUCAGAUUGCUCUUGUGCCUUGUCUGUCUUCCCCUGGGCAGCAGCUCCCAGCAAUUUUCUGCUGACUCUUGGGAUCUUACUAAACAACUCUGCUCUUUCCUGAUGACUCCCCGUUUCCCUUCCAUGCCCCUUGGCCAACCGUCUGCACUGCCAGUCUCUUCACACAUAUCUGGCCACCGUUGGUCACGUCAGAUGCUGCCGCCGUGCAACCUUCUCACCACUGUUAGUGCAGGUCUGCACACGUUGGAAUAGGGGCGUCCACCCCCACAGUGACAUGUGUGGUGAUGGUACCGUGAGCUCUCCCACCACACAGUUGGAAUUGGUCAAGGGAGCAAAGCGCUCUGCUCUCAGGCUGUGGCUGGCUUGUCCUGGGUUCUGGGACCAGCGACCUCCGGGGCUGAAGGCUUGUGUUACUUGUCACUGUUCACACCCAUCCAUGGGGAGGCUCAUGCACAUGGAGCCACUGUGAUGAGAUGGUGGCGAAAGUGUUUGUGAGCUUGAGCUGUCCCGUUAGCUUUAAGGUACUUCCAGGUGGGAAUUUGAACUUUCCUGUUUUCACAAGGAGAAUGUAAAAUCUUUCAGUCUGCUUUGAAUUCUAAACACUUCAGAGAAGGCCUCCCCCAUAAAGGAUGAGUAGAACUGUGUUCUACCGUUUUUUUAGAUAGUGCUUUUUGUUUGAUAAUAGUAUGUCUAAUCUAAAAUGAAAUGAUAUUCAUUUAUAUUUUUACCAGAAUAUUUUAAGCUUAUAGCUCCUGGUAAAACUGAGUUAAAAGAUUUAUGGUAAAAUAACCCCCCUUACUCCUUCUGCAAAGCACGUUUCUACACUUCUGAGGGGAUGCUCAACUCUUUUGGCAGUUUUUGGCUUUUACUGCUAGAUUUCUAAAUAAGCAUAUCCUGCUAUUUCUUGAUUUGCCAAUUUUAGACAUUAUCUAGAUAUUACUUACCUUUUUGCUAAAGUAUUAUUUUAUCUCUUUUAUCUCUUCCUCCCCACUCCUAUUCCCCCAAAAUAGCUAUAUUGUUUAUGGUUGAAAGCACAUUCAGAGUUUCCAUAAUUCUGAAAAUACAAAUACAUCGCUAUUGCUUAUUGCCAAGCCAUAAUUACAUUUUCUUUCUUAUGCAACUUUUUCCCCCUUGGGGAUAAUAAUUGUCUUAUUCUUUUCAUUUAUUUAAUUAUAUAUUUUAAAGGUCUCUGGCUGAGUCCUUCCACACUCUUAAUCGCUCUCUGCAGUACCUUGUGACGUCAUUUUCCACAGGUCAGUCUUUUUGGGCAGCACACACCCUCCCAGUUUCCCUAGCGCCAUCUUUUCUGGAAGUUAGGCCUUACUCUCUGACCAUGUGGCUGUCAUCCCUUUUUGUGGGCAUUUCUGGACAUUUCCUUGAUCUUCUCCUCUCCUGGAGCCCUUCUUUCCCUGCUUCCCUGCCUUCCUCUUUCUCUUUCCUCUCAUGGGAUGGGGAAGAACAUCUCAUCAUGGCUUCUCAGACUUGGCAGAUCUGAAAAUGGCUCUUCUAUUCUCAUACUUCGUUCAUAGCAUCGCUGGACAUAUAAUUCUAAAAAAAACCAAAAAAACAAAAAACUUUCACUCAGAAUUUUGAAGGCAUUGUUCUGUUGUUUUCCACUCAGAUUAUCGAUUCUCUAUAUGUGACUUAUUUUUUCUCUCUCUGAAAGCUUUUUGGAUCUCUUUAUCCACGAUGUUAUGAAAUUUCAUGCGGUUAAGUCUCAUUUGAAGUGAACUUUUAAAAUUCAUUGUGCUGCACUGUGCAUAUUAAAUUCCUGGUUUUGAUAUUGUAUUAUAAUUAUGCAAGAUGUUAUUGGGGGGAGUGGGUAAAGGGUACAUGGGACAUUCCUGUACUAUCUUUGCAGCUUCCUUUGAAUCUAUUAUAAUUUCAAAAUUAAACAUUAAAAAAAUAUAAAUAGUAGCAUCAUGGAAAAUGGUAGAGGCAGGUGCUCCCAGAAUUGGUCCCUCCACUGAAAUAACCAAUAAGCUGGCAAAAAAUGACAGAAUCAACUUCUGUAGAACCAUGGAUUCUAAUAGAAUACUUCAACCAGGGGAGCACUUAGUGAAUCUAAGUCCUAUCUAACCUACCCUGCAGAUUUUGGACUUGCCAGCCUCCAUAAUUAUGUCAGCCAAUUG